GCCGGCCUGACAUUCCUUUACUUUAACAACAGAGUUGGAUUUAAAGAGGGUUCGGCCGAUUAUCCCUUUCCUCACAUCUCACGGCAAAUCACCGGCGCGUUCCCCGCCCCCCUUUUCCUUCCAGCUGCUCCCCCCCCGGCUCCUUUUUUGUGCUAUGGAAGUUUUCUGCCUGCUCUGAAAGCGCAGCAGCGAAGCGAUCAUGCUGAGGCAGCCGCCCUUCUAUGAACUGGUGAGCUACAGGCAGCCCCCUCCCGCCUUGCUGGCCAAAGCAGCUCCGGAGCGGCCAGACUUUGCUCCAGAGCCUCUCCAUGGACCCGGGAGCGCCAAGGCGACCGCGGCAGGAGCCCCUGCCGGCGGCGUCACGCCCAAGAGUGACCAGAAGAGCGAGCAGCAGCAGCUCCGGAGGAAAAUCAACAGCCGGGAGCGGAAGCGGAUGCAAGAUCUCAACCUGGCGAUGGAUGCGCUGCGGGAGGUGAUCCUGCCCUACUCGGCCGCGCACUGCCAGAGCUCGCCGGGGAGGAAGCUCUCCAAGAUCGCCACGCUGCUCCUGGCCAGGAACUACAUCCUCUUGCUGGGGAGCUCCUUGCAAGAGCUCCGGAGGAUCCUAGGCGAGAUGAGCGGCUCGGGCCCCCGGCUGCUCCUGGCCGGCCUGCCCCUCUUCGCCGCCGCCGCCCCGGGCCCGGUGCUCUUGACGCCGGGGGCCGUGAAUGCCCAUCACCACCACGCUCCGCACCCGGCCAGCAAGUACCUCUCGGUGGCCCUGGAAGAGCAGCAGUGCGGCCAAGUGCACCUGCCCAGCGGCACCAGCCUCUGCACUUGCGCCAUUUGCAAGUUCCCCCACUUCAUCCCGUCGUCCGGCCUCAGUUUAACGGCCGUGCAGGCGCAGUUCUCCAAGUGACUGACCCGGGACUGCGGCGGAGUGGGGGUGGGGGGGGUUAGAGGAGAGGAGAGGCGGAAGAUCGGACCUGGAGGGAGGGGCGAGGACAAGGACACGUGCGCAGCAGGAGCACUAGCGCGAGCGGAGGGGGAGCCUCCUCCUCCGUUUAGUCCUCGCCGGGGUCGGGCGGCGAGAGUGCAGACAGUUCAGCAACGGGAGAGAGGAAUCCCCGGGGUAUCCGGCUCUUUAACAGGACAAGUUGCAUGCAUUUCAGUGUCCUUUCAAAUCAGAUGUGAGAUCGCUUCCGGGGCGCGCGUGUAAGGAGGCGGGAGACAUUGCCAGGGAAAACGAAAAAUAAAGCUGUUGCCCAGAAAACUUGCUUUACAGUUUUAUAAGGGGCAAAAGACCAACCAAAGUUAUGUACCGUGAAUGUUGAGAACUUGUGCGCGUUCACUUUGGAAUAAGCCACGAGGCUUGCUUCCAAAGUGAACGUGCUUAAGGUCGGGCUGCUUGUCCAAUUGACGUAGUGCGCAUGCUCCACAAAAGUCCUUAACUUAAUCAUGCCUCUGCAACUGUAUUUGUCUUCACCCAGUGCAGUAACAAGCGAGUCUUGUCAUUUACCUUGGCAACCCUGAGAUGCCACCCGUUCUCCCUCAUUGCCUAGUAUUUAAUUGUAGAUCGUAUAGUCAUUAGUCGCCACUGAUGUAUUGUUUGAAGAUAAUACCACCACAGUUAUCAUGGGGCAGCCCAAACCUAUCCAUUUUUACUCAGAAGUAAUUGAUUUUAAUGGGACUGACUCCCAAGUAAGUUUGCACAUCAUGGUAGCCCUCAGCACAAUCCUAAACUUGCUUACUCAGAAUGGAGCUUACCGCUUAGUAAGUGUUCCCAGGAUUCCAGUUUUCCAUUACCUAAAAGAUAAUGAUAAAUUUGUAACAUUACCCUGAGCAGAUAAUCCAUAAAGUCUCUAUUUUAAUGGUGAUGAGUGAAACAGGAGAGCCAUUGUCUUGGAAACAGAGAAAAAUUAAUAAAGAAAUGCUUGUAAUUUCAUUUGAUAGUUCCA